UAACCUCCAUCGCAGAUAGAGGUUCAAACGUAUUGGAGAGGCAGGUGUAGGGACCCGGGGGAUAUCGGAAUCCUCUGCCACUCUCCUCGCUCUUCUAUAUCUGUUCUGAACUCCGCUUUACCAUCAUUUACUGAUUGAAACCAAACAAUCACACCGGGAUUGCUGUCUACUGCCUUUCAGUACUCCCUCACUGCAAUACCAAUGCGAAAAUAUUGUCUGCGUAUACAGUCUGCGAGUAAUAGGACAGGAGGCGAGCAUGUAAAAUAGUCAGCGCAAAAAUGGACAAAGGGAACUACAUAAUUGCUGCGCUUCUUUUUCAGUUCUUGGACUUCAUAUGUGGACAAUUCUUUCCAGGCAGCUGUUCCUUUGAAGAGCACUACAGCAGCUGUGGCUACAGUGUGGCCCUGGGGACUAGUGGCUUUGCCUGGGAGCAAGUCAACACUUGGGAGAGGCCAACGAUGGACGCUGCUGUUCCCACAGGUUCUUUCAUGGUGGUGAAUGGCUCGGGAAGGGCAUCGGGACAGAAGGCCCACCUGCUCCUGCCCACCUUGAAGGAGAAUGACACCCAUUGCAUCGACUUCCACUACUCUCUGUCCAGCCAUGAUGGCUCCAGUCCUGGAGCUCUCAACGUCUAUGUCAAGGUGAACGGUGGUGCCCAGGGAAACCCUGUGUGGAACACUUCAGCCUCAGUGACAGAGGGCUGGGUCAAGGCCGAGCUGGCCAUCAGCACCUUCUGGCCCAACUCUUACCAGGUGAUAUUCGAGGCCUUAUCCGUGCAGGGCCACCCAGGGUUCAUCGCGGUGGACGAAGUCCGAGUUUUGGCUCACCCGUGCAGGAAAGCACCUCACUUCCUGCGGCUGCAGAAUGUGGAGGUGAACGUGGGCCAGAACGCCACCUUCCAGUGUACCGCCGGGGGGAAGUGGUCCCAACACGACCAACUAUGGCUACAGCAGUGGAACGGCAAAGACACAGCCCUCAUGGUGACACGGGUAGUGAACCACCGGCGUUUCUCGGCCACCGUCAGCGUUGGCGACACAUCGCAGAGGAGCACCAGCCGCUACCGCUGCGUCAUCCGCUCCGAUGGAGGCUCCGGGGUCUCCAACUACGCCGACCUCAUCGUCAAAGCUCCCCCAACACCUAUUGCCCCUCCGGAGCUGCUGGCAGUGGGGGCCACCUACCUUUGGAUCAAGCCCAAUGCCAACUCAAUCAUUGGGGAUGGCCCUAUCAUCCUGAAAGAGGUGGAGUACCGCACCACCACGGGCAACUGGGCCGAGACCCACAUCGUAGACGCACCCACCUACAAGCUGUGGCACCUGGACCCCGACGUGGAGUACGAGAUCAAGGUUCUGCUUUCCCGGCCGGGCGAGGGGGGCACUGGACCCCCAGGACCUCCUCUUAUCACCCGAACCAAGUGUGCCGAUCCUGUCCAUGGGCCUCAGAAUGUUAAUGUGGUGGAUAUCCGGGCCCGCCAGCUCACCCUACAGUGGGAGACGUUUGGUUAUGCUGUGACGCGUUGCCACAGCUACAACUUGACCGUGCAGUACCAGUAUGUGUUCAACCAGCAGGAGUUUUCCGCCGAGGAACUCAUCCCGACAUCGUCCCACUACACCCUACGGGGCCUGAGGCCCUUUGUCACCGUACGUCUCCGCUUGGUCCUCGCCAACCCAGAGGGCAGCAAAGAGAGUGAGGAGAUCGUCAAGCAGACGGAGGAGGAUGUUCCCGGCUCUGUUCCGGUGGAGUCCAUCCAAACGGGGCCAUACGAGGAGAAGAUCUUUAUGCAGUGGAAGGCACCGAAUGAGACCAACGGCGUCAUCACACUCUAUGAGAUCACCUAUAAGGCUCUGAGCUCCUUGGACCCCAGUGCAGACCUGACCACCCAGCGCGGCAGGGUGUUCAAACUACGCAAUGAGACCCACCAUCUCUUCAUGGGGCUCUAUCCAGGCACCACCUACUUCUUCACCCUCAAAGCCAGCACCAACAAAGGCUUUGGACCCCCCGUCACUACCCGGAUUGCCACAAAUAUAGCAGCCCCAUCAAUGCCAGAGUACGAAGCAGACACAGCCCCUCUGAAUGAGACGGAAACCACCAUCACGGUUCUGCUAAAGCCCGCCCAGUCAAGAGGAGCUCCUGUCAGUGCCUACCAGCUGGUAGUGAAGGAAGAACGCAAGCAGAAGGUGAGGCGGGCAGCCGAUGCGCUGGAGUGCUUUCCUGUUCCUGUCAGCUUCAAGAAUGCCUCCAUCUUGGACUCACCCCACUACUUUGCCGCGGAACUCCCCCCCACCUACCUGACAGUGGUGCAGCCCUUCACCGUAGGAGACAAUAAGACCUAUAGUGGUUAUUGGAACCCGCCGCUCUCUCCAUCCAAGAGCUACAGCAUUUACUUCCAAGCUCUGAGCAAAGCCAAUGGGGAAACCAAAAUCAACUGUGUGAGAUUGGCUACUAAAGUGGUAAUAGGUAGGGGACAAAAUACCACGCCGUACAUACUUGUCAUCCCCAGUGAAGGCUCGUCCACCCAGGACUCGGACGCCGUGGAGCCUGAGAAACAGGUGGACAGCACUGUCAAGAUGGCCGGCGUCAUCGCUGGCAUCCUUAUGUUUGUCAUCAUCCUACUGGGAGUGGUUCUCACCUUCAAACGCAGAGAGAUACACACAUGGAGAACUCUGAGCGUGGGGAAACUGGCCAAAAAACAGAAGGAGACGGCCAGUAGCAGCACCCAGAGGGAGAUGGGGCCUGUGGGCACGGUUGACAAGAGCACCACCAAACUCAGCACUCUCCACAAGGACGAUCCCUUCUCCACCAGCAGCCAGGACCUCAACGGUUUCACGACACCCUCUCCCUGUUCCUUCUCUGUUCAAGGCAAAACACUGCAAAGCAAAUCCCUCUUGAAUUCCUACUACUCAGUGUCGAAGGAGCCAGUUCCUGCAACAACAUCCAUUGACAACAGCCAUAGUGAGAUGGCCCAGCCAUCAUUGACUAUUCAGACAUACCCAUACGGGGGUUGCGAGUCUGUGGAAAUGUCCUACCAAGCGGGUCAGUUCCAGCCGGCCAUCCGUGUGGCUGACCUCCUCCAGCACAUCACCCAGAUGAAGUGUGGACAGGGCUACGGGUUCAAGGAAGAGUAUGAGGUAAGAAUGGGCCUGACAGAAGGACAAGCAGCCCCAUGGGAGACUGCCAAGAAGGAUGAAAACAGAAACAAGAACCGAUAUGGCAACAUUAUUGCUUACCCCACAGAUGACCACACACGAGUCAGGCUGCAACUGCUGGAUGGAGACCCCCACUCAGACUACAUCAACGCUAACUACAUAGACGGGUAUCAUAGACCAAGACAUUACAUCGCCACUCAAGGCCCCAUGCAGGAGACAGUAAGAGAUUUUUGGAGGAUGAUCUGGCAGGAGAAUUCCGGCAGUAUCGUCAUGGUUACCAACCUGGUAGAAGUGGGCAGGGUUAAGUGCGUGAGGUACUGGCCGGAUGAGACUGAAGUCUAUGGCGAUAUCAAGGUGACUCUGAUCGAGACAGAGCCACUGGCAGAAUAUGUCAUCCGGACCUUCACAGUCCAGAAGAAGGGCCACCAUGAGAUUCGGGAGAUUCGCCAGUUCCACUUUACCAGCUGGCCUGACCACGGGGUACCCUGCUAUGCCACCGGCCUCCUAGGCUUUGUCCGCCAGGUGAAGUUCUUAAACCCGCCUGAUGCCGGCCCCAUCGUGGCUCACUGCAGUGCUGGGGCUGGAAGGACAGGCUGUUUCAUUGCUGUGGACAUCAUGUUGGAUAUGGCCGAGAACGAGGGUGUGGUGGAUAUUUUCAACUGCAUUCGGGAACUGCGUUCACAAAGGGUUAACAUGGUGCAAACUGAGGAGCAGUAUGUCUUUGUCCACGACGCCAUCCUGGAAGCCUGCCUGUGUGGAAACACGGCCAUCCCAGUCUGUGAAUUUAGAGCCAUAUACUACAACAUCAGCAGACUCGACCCACAGACCAACUCCAGUCAAAUAAAGGACGAGUUUCAGACUCUGAACAUUGUGACACCCCGGGUGCGGCCUGAAGAUUGUAGCGUGGGACUACUCCCCCGGAAUCACGACAAGAACCGCAGCAUGGAUGUCCUGUCUGUGGACCGCUGCCUGCCUUUCCUCAUCUCUGUGGAUGGAGAGUCUAGUAACUAUAUCAAUGCAGCUCUCAUGGAUAGCCAUAAACAACCAGCAGCCUUCAUCGUAACCCAGCACCCGCUGCCCAACACGGUGGCAGACUUCUGGAGGCUGGUGUUCGACUACAACUGCUCCUCUAUAGUGAUGCUCAAUGAGAUGGAUGCUGCCCAGCUGUGUAUGCAGUACUGGCCAGAGAAGAGCUCCUGUUGCUACGGUCCCAUCCAGGUUGAGUUCAUUUCAGCCGACAUAGAUGAAGACAUCAUCAAUCGUAUCUUCAGGAUCUGCAACAUGGCCAGGCCUCAGGACGGCUACCGUUUGGUGCAGCAUUUCCAGUUCAUCGGCUGGCCCGCCUACCGUGACACACCCUUGUCCAAGCGCUCCAUCCUGCAGCUGGUGAGACGUCUGGCCAAGUGGCAGGAGCAGUAUGACGGGGGAGAUGGACGCACCGUGGUCCACUGUCUGACGGGUGGCGGACGAAGCGGUACCUUCUGUGCCAUCUGCAGUAUUAGCGAGAUGAUCCAGCAGCAGAACAUCGUGGAUGUUUUCCACACCGUCAAGACGCUGAGGAACAACAAAUCCAACAUGGUGGAGACUAUGGAACAGUAUAAGUUCUGCUAUGAGGUUGCCCUGGAAGCCCUCAGCGUAUUCUGAAACAAUGAUGCUGCCUGUCGCGUCAGCAGGACACAGCGCUGACACUGCAGAGACACCGACCCUUACGAGGCAGAGGAAGUGUGUGUGUUAAGCACACAAACACAUGAAACUCUGUACAGAACAAAAAAAUGCCCUCCACAAUGGGUUAUGUGUGCGCUUCUGCAAGACUGGGACCCCUUUUGCUUGUAUAAAGAAAAAAAUGAAAUGAAAACUUAAAAAAAACACUUUCCUUUUUCAAUGUCCAUCUUGGACUGUGAUGUGAUCUUGAACAGUCAUUUCCUUUUUAGAUAUAAGCCUUGAAUGUUAUUCCCUCAAUGUAAAAAUACAACCAGGAAGAUAAGCUGACGUCAUGUCUUCAGCUAAUGGGGAUCCCAAAAAAAUAUUCUAAUAAAAGAAAAAUAAUCAGACCAAACAGCAGAACUGAAACCAACGUACAGAUAAAAGCAAGUUGGGAAGAUUGAAACUCUCUGGCUUUGCACCUCUUUUUAAUGAACAUUAAUAACAACUGUAUUAUAUACAUAUUUACCCUCUGUUUUAUCAAACACAAAAUGGCAGAUAUUUUUUUCUAAUUCUUUUGAUUUUGUGGUUCCUGCAGCUUUACAUCCAUGUGCACACACUAGUUUUCUCACAUUCGCAAUGUGAUGUUGCUUUUCUUAUUUUUUCAAUGUCGGCUUCUUUUGGUAUCGUGGCAUGCUCUCAUUAUUCUGUUGUCCUAUGGCUCUUGUAGACAAUCAUGCAUUCCAAGACCCAUUCUGGUUUACAUUUGAAAUAAGAGAAGAGCUAUUCAACGCUAUGCUGUCAUAGUUAUGCCUCAACAGUAUUCAUCAAAUGUCUUUGACAUUCAUGUGUUUUGUCAUUUGGCACCGUAUUUUGCACUGCUUUACAUCAACCACAUUUUUUAUUCCUGCUGUGUAAUUUUUGCGAUUGUGCCAUAUUCACUUCUUUAAAAACCCAAAAGAUUCUAAACCAAUUGGGGACCAAGGUGUGGGCCAAAGUAUAUAGCAGGAA